AUGUUUAUAUCGUUUAUAUAUUUAAUGAUCUAUAGAAUCAUUGUUUGUGUACAUACUUCACCGACCCGAAUAGCAAUUAUAAGAGUUUUCUACGAUAAUUACACCGCGAGUCGAGUAAUCCCGUCCACCUACCUUUCGCAUGUGUUCCUCACUAAUUCCGAAUGUGAUCAUUGAACGAGGUUAUAGAGGUUAUGCCGGUAAUUUCUCGACCUACUGAGAGUAAUAUUAAAAAUACGCGAUGGACGAAGCUCUGACCACACCACCUACGUUUCAAUUGCAUUUCUCCAAGCAAAUUUAUUGCGUCGAAUUAUCUCCGUACGAAUGGUCCCAACAUUUAAUCUGCAUCGCCUUAGCUGAAGAGAUCGUUAUUGGUACCGUUAAGUUUCAGGAAGAAGAUGAAUCAGUCGAAGACAUAGCUUUCAAUGCUAUUAGAACAUUCCGUCACGAUGUUAGGCCACAUGCUAUUGCUUGGAGUCCAGAUACCUCCUUGAGUGUCAUACCAAAAGUUCUUAUGCUCUGCGUUGCUGGAGCAGAUUACAAAAUAAGAUUAUACAGUAGCGAUAUGAAUGAAAACACUGUAUGCGAAAUGGAGGGGCACAAGGAUUACAUAAAUUCAAUUUGUUAUGAGACCGAAGGCGAGAUAUUGGCCUCGGUAUCUGAUGAUCAUACUUGUAAAAUUUGGGCUGUGAAGGAAGAUGAGAAAUCCAUAUCCACGUUCUAUUUAACAUCCCCCGGAAUGAGUGUAUGCUUUCAUUCAGAAAAAUCUGGGAAGCUUCUUGUCGGAGAAAAGAAUGGAUUGAUCCAUAUGUACGAUGUACGAAGUCAACAGGCGAUUAUGUCUUUAGAUUCCGACAUCGUUCCCUUAAUGUCGAUCGACUGGGCGCCUAAUCCGUUGAAAGUUGCUGCUAUAGCAGCUGGCAAGUUGAUCUUAUGGGAUAUAUCGAAACCAAGUCCGCCUUUAGAAUCGAAGCCUCUUCACGUCGAAGGUGGAUUGGUCGUCAAGUUCUCUCCUGCCUAUGAACAUUUCGUCGUGAGCGUAGGCAGGCCGGAUAACUUAUUGAAAGUGACAAAUGUGAGAACUGAACAAGAGAUAAUCUGCGGCCAAGUGAAACUGAUAGGCGGUGUAACUUGGCAUUACAAAUUACCGUACGUUUGUGCGACGAGUGAUAGAGAGGUUCGCUUCUGGAAAGUAACUACAAGUGGGUUGCGCGUAUAAACGUAUUGAAG